UAUCUGUAUCUGUGAUUGUUGUGUGAGCGCGUAAAUACGGAAUUUUUAUCGAUUUUGAACUGGGAAAAAUAUUUUAAAUACUUUACCUGAGGUCAAUUAUACAUUUGAAAAGCUGACGGAAUAGAUAUUGUAUUAAGAUUUUUGAAAUAUCGAUGUCUACACAGUCAAAAACAAUGCCGUUGAUUGAUUUAAAAGUGUACAUACGCGUAGUCGCUGCGGUAUUUUCGAUAUCAUCGGCCACAGCGUUUGUAAUGGCCCUUUUGCGUCUCCUCAAUCCAGAACUGUUCUACUUAGAAACAUUAGAUCAUACAGAUAAGGCAAUCCACUACUUCAUCAGUGGCAUGAUGCUCGUAACCGGCGGCAUUGGGUUCCUGAACAGCCUGAUAGUGAUGAACCGGAGCGCCACGCUGAACACGGGCCGCAACAUCACCGUGUGGCUGCUGCUCGACUCGCUGUUCGAGACCUCGCGCGUGAUAUACGUGUUUGUGUGCGAGAUCAUCCUCAAGGGCAAGGGCUCUUGGCAAGUGUACGAACUGUUGAUCAGUGUGGCGCAGUACUUGCUCGACAGCUUUCUUUACUGUCAGAUGAUACUCAGACACUAGUAUUGGCUGUUAUUUUUUAUUUUAUAUUGUUACUUGUUGAUAUCCACGAGCGAAGACAGGUUUCAUUCUAUAAGCUAACUGUUAUCAAGAUAUAUUGAGAAUUAUGAGCAUUCCGAGCUUUACAAUUGGUGUAAGACCAAUAAUUUAUAAAGUAAGGUAUGAAAAUGGUAGUUUACUUAAUCUUAUCGAAAGUAGACAAAUAAUAGAGUAAAUAAUAUAUAAUUAUCUGCAAAGUUGUUGUUCGCUCGUGUUAGUGUAUACCUAGAUCUUAGACAUUCCUAUCUCGAAUAGACUUCACAUAACUAUGAUCUCUUAUUGAAAUUAAGUAUUAUUCAAGUGAUAUUAUAGUGUUAGACACGUUUUGUAGUUUGUAUUCUAAAAUGUUCACUUCAUGAGUUUAUUUUCUUAUAUUUUCAAAAUCCAUCUUUGGAUACACUUAUGAUAUAAACCGCAAGUAUUGUCAAUAAUUACGCAUCUAAGUUUUAAUUUCAACUUCACUCAAUAUAAAUUUGAAAUAUCCAUGCCCCAAUAAUUCAAUAUAUAACUUAUAUAUUUUAAUGUAAAUAGCAUAGUAUCCUAACAUUGAAAAUAAUUGCCAAAUUUUACUAUCACCUUUACAAUUUAAUUUGAUACGACGAU